CUACAAACUCCGACAAUGGGACUUUGUAUAUGUGCUUGACCCCGGAAAGUACAACAUUAUUUAAGGUAACAAAAAGUAAUGAAUUGUAUGAAAUGAUAAGAAGUGUCAUUAAACAUCUGUACGGUGAAGAUAUUCCGAGAAGGAAGACGAGAUUGUCCAUUAAGACAAAGGAAUUGAAAGAAAAACUCCAAGAAUGUGUAAAACAAUGUGUCUUUCUUGGAGAAUUUCCAUCUGUGAAAGCAUAUACUAAUUCCAGUGCAAACGAAGAGCCAGAAGACAUAAAUGUCACAUUUGAAUACAAAAGCCUGUCAAGAUUGCUUCUAAAAGCUAAAACCUCAAUCAGAGAAGCAUAUAAUCUUCAGAGAAAUUACGCAUCACAAGUAGUUGUAUAUCUGCUUGCCGAUUUAGACAGACUAUGGAAGUCAGAAAUACCACAUGCCAUACCAGUUAUGUAUUAUUAUAGAGGAUAUAGUUUGUCGAUGGAACAAGCUAGAGAAUUACUUGACUUUUGUCGAAAUGCAUGCAGAAAAGAAGGAUUGGACGUAAUAGCUACCGCUUCAGACGGUGAAUUCAAGCAGCUGAUGGUUGUAGGAAAGAAUGGAGCCCCCCUCACAUUAUACCAGCUCAGCAAGGUAGUAUGGCAUGAAAUAUGCAACAUGAAAAAAUCUCAAUUAAUAAAUCUACUAAGUACAGUGAAUCGCAAGUAUACAGUCGAAAUCGAAGCUGAUCAUAAGAUUUCACUGACAAGCAAAGAUUGCGGAAGUAGUAUUAGGACACCGCCAAAGGGAUGGAAGAAGAAAAACAUGUCAAAGAAAAGGCAAGUAUCCCAAACAAUAAUAGAACCAAAUGUGUCAGAUAUUAAUAAUGCAUUAGUAGAACUUGACACAGUUAAUAAUGUGACAAAAGAUAAAGAUCUUCAUAGCGACCCUGAUAAAACAGUCUUGUACGACUUUGAAGAAUUACUACAGGAACAAGAAUUCAAUGGAGACAGUGAAGCGUUUCCACGUAAGCUCAACAAUGAUGAGAAAAAAGAUAUUUUACAUCUUAUACACCAGAGAAGGCCAAAUAAAUGGAAAGAUACUUCUAUUAAUGAAUUGACAUAUAUUUUAGAAAACAAACUCAAGGUACUAAUCGUGGAUGAACUGCAAGAGAUAUCAAAAUAUCUUAACUUAAAACUAAGAGGCACUAAGCUACAAAUGAAAGUGAGGAACAUUAAGAAAAAUGAACUAGUAGAACAAUUAAGUAAAACCAUACAAGGUACAGUGAAUGCACAGCCCACAGUUAAAGCGAAGCCCCCACCAAAAAAGACAAAGGUACGUAACCCUCAAACACUACAUGAUUUGGCAAUUGCAGCUUUAAGAAACCCGUCAUAUCCGAAACAAGCUUUAAACAUUGCUUAUGCAAGGUUCAUAUGGCCUAAAAGAGUAGAAGAAUGGCGACGGAAUAGUAGAGUCUCUAAAACCGUAAUUGUGAAAGGUAAUUCAGAAGAAUUAUUUUUUGAACCGUACUAUGUCCCCGAAUUUAAUGAGGAAGAGGAAGAUUUUCAAGUAUUUAUUUACGACAGAACACACUUGGGAACAAAUCUAAGGAAAUGUUUGUGUUUGGACAAAGUUGACGGUAUUUCCAUUCGUGCUUGGAAAACGGUUGCUGACAGAAAACCAAACAUUUUGCACCCGACUAUUGUAGAAAUAACUGAGGAUGGUAAAAUUUUGGAUCAAAUGAAAGAAAAAUUGGCCAGAUCUAUGGUUACCGAAGAAGUUGAACAAGAAAUGGAAGUGCAAGGUUAUUUCGCAGAGGCCAAAUUUUGUAAUGUGAUUCGAAACGGCCUCUAUAUAGCUGAUGACGUACCAGGAAUCGAUGCAAUGGAUAGGUGUAAAAAAAGAUUAAAACUGAUCGAAUGGUUAGACAAAGAUAUCGACUUUGGUAGAUUUCCUCCAUAUGGUGGAAGGAUAAAAGGACUAUCCCAUAUUUUGUAUGAAGGGCUUAGAACUAGUCAAGAGGGAAAGCUUUACUUGUAUGCUUUAGCAAAAUCAGGGAAAUACUGUGUCCGAGCUGCGAAUACUUUGUGCAGUGAAUCAUUCUUUGGAUCGAUGCAGGAAAUGGAUCCAUGGGGUCAAGGAAUAUUAAGUAGCAGUGGUGUACAGAAGCACAUCUCUGACUUUACUACGAUAACUGCUUUAAAAAUGGAAACUUCUAGGAAUAUGUUUAUCAAGACAAAGAAGGACACGGUGUAUCCAUCAGCUCAGGUUUACUACGGAGAAGACAAAGAAAUGAACUAUGAGGAUGAUCAGUCAACAAAAGAAUGCAGUUGCAGAAAAGACAAAUACAUCAGUUGUAUUGUUCCCAGAAACCACUUCUUUGACACUAGUGAGAGAGCUAGAGUAUACAAAGGCGAAAAGUUGUAUAAACCAGGAACAGGAGAAUUAAAAGGCGAACAGCCAAUCAGAGCCCAGUAUGGAUACAAAAUAAACGAGGCCAAAAUGCUGCCAUCCCAAAGACUUGGUAUUUCCAAGACAGUGUACCAAAAUAAAUACUAAAGUUGUUUGAAUAUAUUUUAAGAUAUAUGUUUCGACACUUGUGUUAACGACCUUAACAUAUUUUAACUUACAUGUAUACCUGUAUUGUAGUAAUACACUACUUACCAAAGUGAUGUAGGUUUAUUGUAGUUAGCUUUUGACUUAAAGUUUGUAUCAAUGAACGAUAAAAUGAUAAUUAUCAAUUAAUCAAUAAUUUUAAAUUACAAAGACUGAAAACAUCAUAUAUAACUAUAAACAAGAGGACAUUGGUUCUAAAGGUUAUUGUUUUAAAUCUGCAAUUAUUUAAAAUAGGAUUUAUGUGGCAAUUUACUUUGACACGUUUGUUUAGUAGCAUGUUUUACGCUAGAAGAUAUUUGAGGCAUUUGAUUGAAAUGUCAUAUUUAAAGGAUGAAGUGCAUUUGGACUUUAGUAUGUGGCAUUUCUCUGGUUAAAGAAUUAUAUUCAUGUCAUUGAUCUGCAUUUUAAAAAGUAAUCAUGUAUAUACAUGUAUAAAGCACCUAUGAAUAUUUCUUGUAAACAUGCACAUAUUGACUUUUGAAAAUAACAGUAAAUACGUGACAU